AUGACAACUCUACCCUUCACAACAUCGCCUACUGAUCAAGUGCGACUAAACCUCAUACACUACAACCUAUGGACUCAAGUUGAUGUACACAAUGAUUACAUUCUAAGUGGGCUACCGCCAGCAAAAUUGGUGUCCACUGAUGCUGACGCCAAACGUGAAUGGGUAGUAUGCACACGAUUGAAUGAACAAGACAAGUUGAGUGUUAAAGAAAUAAACUCGUGGUUUGAAGAGAUAAAGCUGUUUACGAAAGAGCUGAAGGAGGAGAAGAGUGUCAAACUAAAUACCACAAGUGAUACCAAUGAACAUAAUGAUCAACAGCCUAGCACUUUUUCCAAAGUCCCUUCAACGGAAACCAAAUCAUUAUCUGGGAACAACUCCGACUCCAUUUGGAAACCAGUUGACAAAACAAUGAAUGGAAAAGGUCGAGUGGAUCGGAUAACAAUUGCAUUAAUCAACGACGACGGAACAAUUGUCUACUACUUCAUCCAUGAUGGAAUCACCAAACCACGUCAAAACUAA